CCUCCUCCUCAUGCCCCUCCCUUCCUUCCCCCUGCUAAAGGCCGGUCAGCUGCUCUUCUCUUGGUCACUGGGACUUAAAGAGCUUCAUAAUUAUCUACAACACGAGGACAUUGUGUCUUAUUAUGUCCUCUAACAAUAUGGCGGAUCCCAGGAGACAAAACAAGAUUUUAAGGUACAAACCUCCCAGCACAGAGACCAACCCCACACUGGAAGACCCCACGCCUGACUACAUGAACCUGCUCGGCAUGAUCUUUAGCAUGUGUGGGCUGAUGCUUAAGCUGAAGUGGUGUGCUUGGAUCGCAGUCUACUGCUCUUUUAUCAGUUUUGCAAACUCCAGAAGUUCAGAGGACACAAAACAGAUGAUGAGCAGCUUCAUGCUGUCCAUCUCUGCUGUUGUGAUGUCCUACCUCCAGAACCCACAGCCCAUGUCGCCACCAUGGUAACCAAGCCCAAACACAGUGAUGUGGAUGAUGAGGAUGCUGAUCUGACCCCCCCCACCCGGCCAUUGGUGGGGCAUAAAUGCAGACUGAGAGGAAGGUAAUUUGAUAAAAGAAGAAGACAGAAAACAGAUGGACAAUAAGGAGGACACCGCGUCACUAUGGAGUCAGCUAAUCAGUUUUGACUGUUUGUCUUUUUCACUUUUUCGAAGUUUAUUAGGUUGUUGAGGAAAACCAUUAAAGUGUAGUGUUUGGCUGAGUUGUUAAAGGAUGUCCUAUUAAAGUUGUAUAGUUUUAAAAGA